AUCUUCCUGUCUCAACUAAAGCUUUGUUUAUAAAAAUCCUUUCUUUUUACACACAGAUGCGUUGAUCUCCAACGCGAUAAGAUUUACAGUAUGGAACUAUACAUUCACGAGUUGCAUCUUCAGCAUUAGUUAACUUGAAUUUGAUUCACUCUUCUGGUUCACCCGGCUCAGUCGUAUCUUCUUUUUGACUCUACCCACCGCUUCUUUCCUGGUUUCUACACACCACUUUGAUUUCGCUUGAUGUGUAAGGAUGUGUGGGUUAAACUCAGCCUGACUUGAAUAAAAGAUUGUUCCCAAAGCCUGAUUCCGUGUCAUACAUGACAUGGUUCAGUUAUGGCCAGACCGAGCUGAGCCUAAAGACAUGGGACGAUGACCAGCUCAUUUAGACCGGUAGCUGGCGUAGCAGUGAAAUGGAAAUCUCUUGCACAGGAUUGACGUCUUCCAUUCAUUUGAAGAUGUUUGUUCUAGUCUUUGCUUCUUUGAAUCUACUCAAUUUAGUGACAUCACAUCACUGAUGUGUCAUCUGGUUAAGAUGAUGCUACAAAUAUUUAAUAUGUGAUGUAUUCGAAAAAGGAAAUUGGCUUCGUAUUUGAAAAGCAAGAGAAUCAUUCCUUCCAACUUACUCAUUUGCGGUGGUUACCGGUAGGACACUUUGUCUGUUGAACUCUUAAAGUGCAAGCCAUCCAACAUAUGUUUCAUAAUACCUUCCUCUCCUUCAUACUCGUUGCACUCCUAAAUGAGGCCAUCACCUGCUAACCCUUGUCUCUCAGCUCUCAUCCCCAUUUUUUUCACAUCAAUUCUGCUUCUCAGCACACUGAGAUUGACCACUGAGAAUGCUUUCUUGAAUCAAGGACUGAAUCAUAUCAUCAGUCUUUUUUCUCCAACCUUUGCAAGAGACAAAUCAGCAAAAAGUGCUAGAGCAGACCAUGAUAUUGUACUUGGACAUGGAUGCAACCUCUUUGAAGGUAAAUGGGUGUUGGAUAAGCAAAACUCUCGCCCUCUGUACAGUGAAGACAGCUGCCCUUACUUGACCCGGCAAGUCACUUGCCGGAGGAAUGGCCGGCCAGAUUCACUCUACCAGAAGUGGAGGUGGAAACCAAAUUCUUGUGAGAUGCCAAGGUUCAAUGCAGUGCUUUUAUUGGAGAGGUUGAGGAACAAGAGAUUAAUGUUCGUUGGUGACUCGAUCCAGAGAACGCAAUGGGAGUCCAUGGUUUGCCUGAUCGAAUCUGCAAUUCCUGACAGCAAAAAGUUCAUUCACAAGGAUCCUCCAAGAAAACUUUUCAUAGCAGAGGAGUUCAAUGCGUCGGUCGAGUUCUACUGGGCUCCUUUCCUGGUGGAGUCAAAUGCAGACCAUGCCACAAAGCAUAGGGUUCAGAAAAGGCUGGUGAACUUGGAUGAGAUCACGAAGCACAGCCAGAACUGGAAAGAGGUGGAUAUCUUGGUGUUCGAUAGCUAUGUUUGGUGGAUGAGUCAAAAUCAAAUCAAUGCAACAAGAGUUGGAUCUGAGAAAAUCAAAGAGUAUGAGGUUCUCACUGCAUACCAAUUGAUGCUAAGAACAUGGUCACAAUGGAUGGAAUCUGCUAUAAAUCCUCAGAAACAGAAGGCCUACUUCAUGAGCUUGUCACCCAUGCAUCUUUGGAGCUCCGAGUGGAGAAAUGGAAGCAAUGGGAACUGCUUCAAUGAAACAUAUCCAAUUCAAAGACCAUUUUGGGGCUCAGGAUCCAACUUGAGCAUCCUAAGGGUGGUCGGGAAGACUUUGCGAGAGAUGAAGGUGAAUGUCACCUUUCUGAACAUCACCCAGUUAUCGGAGUUCCGAAAGGAUGGCCAUACUUCAGUGUACACUGAGAGAAGGGGCAAGUUAGUAACAAGUGAGCAGAGAUUGAAACCAUUGAGCUUUGCAGACUGUAUCCAUUGGUGUCUGCCUGGUGUUCCUGAUACAUGGAAUGAGAUCCUGUUUGCAUACUUGAUAGAUAACUGAUGAACUAUAAAAGAAGAUAAACCUGUUUAGAAUAGGAGGGUAGAAAAUUGUCUUUACAAAAUAUUGAGAGAUCUAUCAAUAGAAGAUCUGUUUGAUGACAUGCUUCAGUUAGAAGAGCAGGAACUGUUCUACCUAUCUUUCCCCGCUACAGCUGAUUUAACACCAUAAAAUAACACAAGAAUUGCUUUUUUUUCUGUU